GUCCGAGACAUUGACAUGUUUUCCCUCUGCGAGCACCAUCUUCUGCCUUUCUAUGGAACGGUAGACAUCGGAUACAUUCCUCGUGGCAAAGUCCUCGGACUUAGUAAAUUAGCUCGAAUAACGGAGAUGUUUUCCAGGCGACUACAGGUCCAAGAAAGGAUGACACAGCAGAUAGCCCGAGCCGUGGAGGAGGCUAUCAACCCUAUGGGUGUAGCAGUGGUCAUCAGAGCAUCCCAUAUGUGUAUGAGUAUGAGAGGAAUACAGAAGACUUCUGCCUCUACCACGACAAGCUGUGUACUAGGAGCAUUCAGAUCCAACCCCAAGACUCGUGCGGAGUUCUUCAGCCUCAUAAGCCACAAGCAGUAGUGUCGGCUCCUAGGGGAAAGGCCUUCAAUUCUACCACUCAAAUGGUCGUAGUGUUUCUGUGCUUGGGGACUGGUCCUCGUUCCUCCCUGUACCCUCUGGGAGAGUCCUGCUUUAUCUAUGGCUAUUCGUACGUUACUAUGCUUGGCUACAUACAUGCUCCUACCACUCCUCUGUGUACCCUAUUGCAAGGCCAGGCGGCUCGCCUUACUGUAUGUUGUUAGCCUCCGAUA